AGUUCAGUGUCUCGAAGUGUGUGGCCGCGACAGCACGUCAGCGACCGCCGCGUAUCUCGGAGGACAGUGCCCGCCUGUGUUAAUAGCAGUGAAAAGUUCAUGACGAGGUGUUUAGUUUGAACUGUCACGUGCGGCGCGGUUGAUCCCCGAACCGUGUAUCCAGCGCGAGGUGCAGGCCAGACGACACGUCAGCGAUCGACAUACCAGCCACGAGGAGUUGCGGCGAAGGUGGUGCGCCGCUUCACAAAAGAAAUUGAACGUUGCCAGGGCGUUGAAGCUACAACACAAUGCGGCUACUACUCAGCAUAGUUUUAAUAGCUUGCGCGGCUGAAGCUGCCAAGAGAUUCGAGGGAACACUGAGGUCAGCUGCUGACGCUCCUGCACAAGACAAUGUGGCCAUGGAGUCCGAUGGGGCACCACCGGCUGUGGUUGCAGCACCGGAUAGUUACAAGAACCCAGGCCAGCAGGACCCUCCGCCCGCGACCAGCGAGAAGCUAGCAGCAGAGGAGCCGGUGGAGGAGGCCGAGCCCAGCGCCGCCGCUGCACCUCCCUCCGCGCCCAGCGGCGCCUCCGCCCCCUCAGCACCCGCCAACUCACUCGAGGAGUGCGACCCAGAAAUGAUCGGCUUCGAACUCGUCACCGGAUACGUGUUCUCGGCUCCGUCGCAGAUCCUGGACGACAUCCCCGGCACGCUGAUGCUCACGGACUGUCUCGAGCAGUGCCAGGCCAACGACACCUGUCGCGCCGUCAAUUACGAGACGGGGCUCUGCGUCCUGUUCAGCUCUGAUGCCGACCAGCUGCCCGGUGCUUUGACCAAAUCGCAGUUCCCGGUGUUCACGAUAUACGCGCAGAAGUCGUGCCUGGGCGUGCGGCCGUGCGAGCGAGCGUGGUGCUUCGACCGCGUCCGCGGGUACAACCUCAAGGGGAGAGGCAAGAAGACCCACAGCGUCAGCUCCCGGCAGAUGUGCCUCGACCUGUGCCUCGGGGAGAACGAGUUUGUUUGCAGGUCUGCCAACUACAACAACAAGACCGGUGACUGCGUGCUGUCAGACAUGGACCGCAUCACGCUCGCCGGCACCAGCGCGUUCCAGCCAAACGAAGAUACCGAUUACUUGGAGAACAACUGCGUUGAGGAGCCGACGAAGCUUUGCGAGUUCAAGAAGAUGGGCGGCCGCAUCCUGAAGACCGUGGACUCCGUGUACCAGGACGUGCAGACCGUCGAGGAGUGCCGCGAGCUCUGCCUCAACUCGCCAUUCAGGUGCCACUCGUACGACCACGGCGACACCGGCGACCACGUCUGCCGUUUGUCCCAUCACUCACGCGCUACCCUCGCCGACAUCCAGGACCCGUACUUGGAAGUCCCGGAGGCAGCGACUUACGAAUUGUCUUCCUGCUAUAACGUCUCAAUCGAUUGCCGCGCCGGCGACAUGGUCGCUCGCAUCCAGACGUCCAAGCUGUUCGACGGCAAGAUCUACGCGAAGGGAAGCCCCAACUCAUGCGUUGUCGAUGUGAAACAGAGCCUCGAGUUCGAACUGCACAUGGGCUACAACAACAUCGAGUGCAAUGUCAAACAAAACGGUCUUGGAAGAUACUUGAACGACGUAGUAAUCCAGCACCACGACACGAUUGUGACAUCGUCCGACCUCGGUCUGGCCGUGACCUGCCAGUACGACUUGACCAACAAGACUGUUGCCAACGAGGUGGACCUCGGCAUCCACGGGGACAUCCAGACCGGCCUCACCGAGGAGGUCAUUGUGGACUCGCCCAACGUACACAUGAAGAUCACCGACAGGAACGGAGAUGACGUCAUCUCGUCCGCUGAAGUCGGAGACCCCUUGGCGCUCCGCUUCGAGAUCCUGGACCCCAACUCUCCGUUCGAGAUCUUUGUCCGCGAGCUGGUCGCCAUGGACGGAGUGGACUCCAGCGAGAUCACGCUGAUCGACAGCGACGGCUGCCCGACCGAGCACUUCAUCAUGGGACCCGUCGCCAAGUCUGCCAAUAACGGAAAGAUGCUGCUGUCUCACUUCGACGCGUUCAAGUUCCCGUCCUCGGAGGUGGUUCAGUUCCGCGCGCUGGUGACCCCCUGCAUGCCCACCUGCGAGCCCGUGGUGUGCGACGGCGGCCCCAACGAGCUGCGCUCCGUCAUGUCGUACGGACGCAGGAAGCGUCGCUCCACGCCCGCCGCGCCCACCGACGACAUGCUGCUCGUGCAGACCAUCCAGAUCACCGACAAGAUGUUCGGCUUCGAGAAGCAGCGCGCCAAGAACGUCACCGAGGACUCCGUGUUCGUGCGCGAGACCGACCUGACGUGCGUGAACGCCUCGGGCGCCAUGCUCGCCGCCGCCGCCUUCCUCGCCGCGCAGCUCGUCGUGCUCGCCGCCUGGACCUGCAGUUGGCAGCGGCGGCGCGCGGCCUCCAAGGCUGCCGAACUACUGCCGGGCCCCAACGCCCCCUCUGCUCUCUGCAAAGUCUACGAUGCCAGUUUCUCCCGCGCGCACCAGAGGCACUUCUGAGCCUUCCGGCGCACGUCGACGUGAUCCACCCGUCAGCAAUAGUAGAUAGUAUAUUAGUAGUGUAAAACCUCCGUCGCGUUCCGACUCGGCAGGACGAUAUCUCUCUGUGAGAGCGACUUCCAUCUUGGUGAGAGUGCGGGACAGCGAUAGCGGUUGUUAAGAUGGUAGGGCCUUGCACGCCCGCGCCGCCGCCCGGCGACAUGACAUGUGUGGUGCCGGGCGGGCGCGGGCGGGCGCGGCGCGGGGGCGGGGACGACCGGAGAGCGCGCGCGACUGACGAUGGAUGCUAGGGACCUGGGUCCAGUGUGGCUGUGACGAUGACGAGAGUGCGAGGGCGCUGGCUUGUCCCCUUCCCCGCCGCCGCCGGGCGCGGCCGUGAGAGUCGAAUCGAGAUCACGAGUCGCCCAUUCGUUCACUUUACGUUCGGACCUCCAUUUAAGGAUGUUCGAUCACGUAUUGUACCAUAAUUAUUUUAAAAGUAGCUUAAACGUAUAUUUUUUAAUAAAAUAGUGAUAAGUAAAUAGUAACAAUUGAGUACCUUUAAGUAUCUAGAUAGCCGAACGUGCGACCUAAGUCAAGAGACGAUGGAUUGACGGCCGUCCCGACAUCGUAAUUUAUUAAAACCUAGGAUAGUGUUUUAUACAUAAUUUAUGUUUGAGAAACGAACUAUAUUUAAUAAUUAAUAAAUUCCUAAUAUAAAUGAACAUUCUAAACUAAUUGUAGCUUUUAUGAAUAAAAGAUGUGCUAUUUUCUAUGUAAACGUGAAAGUAAUUAAUGUCUUUAGUGCCUUUAAGUUCAGAUGUUAAUACAAUUAGUAAAUCCUGUGAGUGUAAUAUUUUGAUCCGUCCGAAUUGCAUUACCUUUGAAUAAACAACUUAAAAUUAAA